UUGUGGUUUGCUCCAUUUUUCAAAAGGACUUUAAUUUAUUUUAACAUUUUUUAUCGAGACAGCAAAAUCUGUCAAUUUUUAUUAGUACUGACAAUAACAAAAUUUUUGUUAAUCCUUUUUUAACGAUCUCUAAAAUUUCUUUUGGCUAACUAAAUUAAUUUAGUAUGAUUACCCACACUCGCAGAAACUUCUUGGCGUCAUUUCGCUAUAUUUCGCAUCACUCUAGACCACGCUAUCCGAUUUUGAAUUCCAGAAAGAAUUAUUAUGAUGUGCUCAAUGUGCCCAUAAAUAGCAGCAUUGCGGAAAUCAAACAAGCCUACAUAAAGCUAUCGAAAAAGUAUCAUCCCGAUGGUAAUAGUUCGACUAGGAAUUCUGGAGAGUUUGUUAAAGUCUGCGAGGCUUAUAAAGUGCUCUACAAGCGCGCAUCGCGUCAGAGUUACGAUGAUCGCUUAAGAUCGCAAUUUUAUAUGGUCCCACCCAUGGAUGUAAGCUUUACUAGCAAGAAUGUGCACAACUCUUGGAAGAAGUACCAGGCAUCUAUGCGGAGCAAGCAGUUUGGACGCAAUCUCCCCAAUUUUCAUGGAUCCAGCAUCUUUCAGAAAAAGCUACGGGCAAUCAAGAAUAAUUCUUCAAUAACAGUAAUUCCACGAAUAGUUCCUGACAACCUGGGAGGAGAUGCUCACGAUGUUCGCAUCUCGUAUCCCUUCAAUAGUUCGGAUUAUAAGUGGAAUUUGAAAUUCAUUUAUUAUUUGACGGGAUUUAGCAUAAUUGGGGCACUUCUUGUUACUAAUUGCAUUAAAAAACGUAAACGUCACUCAGAAAUUCUUUCUUAUAACGCUUUUGUUGAGAUAUAAUCUGUGUGCAUGUCAAUUAUGAAGUCUGCUCAAAAUUCGAAAUUUAAUUUUUAUCUAUUUUAUGACUAUUGAUACACGACACCAUAAGGACGAUUGCCAAUAAAAAUCAUAAAUGUUGACGAA